AUGGUUUUGAACAACUCCGCUUGUCGACACGACGAACUGUCUCUGCUUCAAAGCUGGAUAGCCGCUUCCGAGACUAUCAUGAGUUUCUUAACCGCUGCGCCAUGUGGUAUGGCGGCAGAUAUAUAUGGACGUAAACGAAUGCUCCAGUUGUCCAUUGCAGGCACCAUCUUGGCGCAAGCAUUUGACGCGGUUAUUUGCCGAUUCCCAACAACGUUCCCAGUCCACUUGAUGGGGUUAAAGGGACUCUGGGCUCUAUUCGGGGGUGGUAGCACGGUUCUUUCGGCCAUGAUAUUCACAAUAGCAAGCGACAUCAGUCCAGACACUCAAAGCUGGGUUUCCAUAUACGCCGGGUUUGGUUGCCUACUUGCGUCGUUCUUGAUCGCGCUCUCUUUGCCGGAGACGCGCGCACCCAGCCUCAGGAGCGGUGGCCCAACGAUAGCAUCUGAGCUACGAACCCCUUCGUCUUACAAGUUUCGACUCACCCAGUUCCUGACCCGCUUCCUGAUCGAAAAGCUACGCUUUAGCCCCCUGAGAAAGGACAUGUCCAUCUCACGGGCCAGCAUUGUAGCUCUUGUGACCGGAUCCUUGGGAAUCGCAAUCACAAGCCACGCCCAGUCAACCAUGUUGUUAGUCGCAGCCAUCUACGUCUAUGCUCUCGGGUGUGGCUACAAUCCAGCCAUGUACAGCCUCCUUGGCCUUUUGUCCGGGGGCCAUCACAUUGGACUAUUGUAUGCGACUAUUGGCGCGAUGCAAAGCGUAGGUAGCUUCAUCGCCGGCCUCAUGUUUGGGGUCUCGGUUGAGAUUGUGCCAUUUCUCUUCACAGUCCUGUUUCUGGCUGUUGUUGUGGGUACUUUGUUUUAUGUAAAGUUGGAAGAGACCGAGGAAGGGGAACCAAUCUGGAUUACUAUGGACUCCCUUGAACCGCUUAGCAGUUAG